AUGCAGAGUUCGGCAUGGCUGCCGGGGUCUGUGACUGCCCAGAUCCCGGUCCAGCGCCCGUUUAAGGUUGCUUUCGUGGCCACACGCGCAGAGACGAAAGACAUUGACAUGGCCCUGGACACCGUCUCCCUCCGGCUCGGCCCUUGCUCUCCCUGCGUGACCGGAUGCGAUUUUGACCGUCUCGAUGACCUAUGUGGAUGGGAAAACCCAGCCGAGGGCGAUGUUCAGUGGGAGCAGUGGACUGGGCCAGGGGAUGAAGAUGGAGUCGGUCCAGAAGAUGAUUUCUCCAGACCUGGAUUCGGAUUCUACAUGUUGCUGGAUUCCCUGAACCCUAACGGGGAUGGCGCAGCCCUUCUGAAGAGCCCCACAUACCACUCCCUGGGGGGCUGCCUGGCCCUGAGCUUCCAUUACACUCUGCAUGGCGUCUCCAACAGCACCGCUCUGAACGUGUACGCAGCUGCUGUGCCAGGGGGAGAACUGGGGUCCCCUUUGUUAACCCUUCGUGGGGAGCAUGGACCUGACUGGAAUCUCGGAGCAAUCAACUACACUGGGACAGCCACCGUCCAGUUUGUUCUUGAAGGAAUCUACAGAGGGAAGCCUGGCCUGGCGGUGGACAGCGUGCGCAUCUCGCCGUGUGAAGAGAUUUUCGCCCAGUGCGAUUUCAAUGACAACGCCAAUCCUUUCUGUGGAUGGGUCAGUUCGGGUGCCGGCAACCACACAUGGACGCGGACGAACCAAAGCACGCCCACAGAAGAGACGGGACCCCCGGGGGAUUAUCCUCAUGGAGAGGGCUACUACAUCUACGCGGAAGGGGGUUCCUUGCAGCCGGGCCAGUCCGUGGUUCUCUCCAGCCGGCCGUUCUGCGCGGAGACCGACGCCUGCGUGGAAUUCUUCUAUCACAUGUCCGGCAUCGUGGAGGUCGACACGCAACUCCGGGUGCUGCUGGAGGGGCCUUCGGGGGCCACCGCCCUGCUCUGGACCCGGACUGGGAUCCAGAGCCCUGGGUGGCUCUUGGGGUCUGUGACCGCGCCCUAUGGGGGGCCUCAGCCCAGUCGGGUCCUCUUUGAGGUUAUCCGGGGGAGCAACCCGUAUCUGGAUGUGGCCUUGGACAACCUCUCGGUGCGAAGGGGGCCCUGCGCAGCAGCCACUGGAACCCCUGCGCCUCCGGCCACCUCUGCAGUGGCCACAUUGACCCAGGCCGGGCCUGCCGGGACUGUCCCACCGGCUCCUCCGACCACGUGCCUUCCCACCUCCACCAGCCGUACAACGCAGGCCACGCCAGCCGCCGCCACCCCUCAGGGUUCUACCGUUAGCCGGCCCCAAACCACAGCUUUCCGCUCCACGGCUGGGGGAGCCACAGGGAGCACCCUUGGAGCCUCUUCCACCAGCACGAGACCUGAGGUCCCUCACGGCAGUAGUCCGGCCACCACGGUCACCCUUGCCACGAGCCCAACCAGCAAGACCACGGCCACCGGCCACUUCGGCAGCAGCAGCGCUGGUCCUGCAAGCUCAAGCCGAACCACCACCGGGCACCCCGGCAGCACACACACAACACGACACAACAGCCCAGGGGCCACCUCCAUUUCCACCACCCCAGUCAGGACCACCAGUAGCCCCAGCAUUUCUGUGGGUCCCACCUACCCUCCAAGCCCUGGCCACCCCAGUGGCAGCUCACCUGGUGCCACCGUUGGUCCCACCAGCCAUGCUACAAAUCCCAUCAGCCAGCCAUUGACGGCAGCCUCCAGCCGUGCCACCACAUUGAGUAGCCACUCCACCGUCAGCACUAGCCAGACCAUGACCACGGGUGGGCAUUCAAGCACCAGCCACACUAGUGCUGUGAAGACGACCCCCAGCUCUGUUGUCGCCUCCACCCUGACCACCACAACCACGACCUCAAUUGCUCCCCCCGCCGUCUCCACCACCAUGACCACCACCAAUGUCCCGCCAAGCACAGUCAGUUCAGCUGCUAGCCCUGCCACGAACACCACCGCCGCCACCACCAGCAGCAUUUCUACAGCUAGAACACAGCCUCCUAGCACCGGCCCCACCACUCCCAGCCACGCCAGCAGCAGCUCACCUGGUGCCACUGUUGGUCCCACCAGCCAUGCGACGGCUCCCAUCAGCCAUCCACUGACAGCAACCUCCAGCCGGGCCACCACAUUGAGUAGCCACUCCACCCUUGACACCAGCCAGACCAGCGCCACGGGUGGGCAUUCAAGCACCGGCCACACUAGUGCUGUGAAGACUACCCCCAGCUCUGUCGCUGCCUCCACCCUGACCCUCUCCACCGCCACGACCACCUCAAUUGCUCCCCCAGCCCUCUCCACCGCCACGACCACCACCAACGUCCAGCCAAGCACAGUCAGUUCAGCUGCUAGCCCUGCCACGAACACCACCGCCGCCACCACCAGCAGCAUUUCUACAGCUAGAACACAGCCUCCUAGCACCGGCCCCACCACUCCCAGCCACGCCAGCAGCAGCUCACCUGGUGCCACUGUUGGUCCCACCAGCCAUGCGACGGCUCCCAUCAGCCAUCCACUGACAGCAACCUCCAGCCGGGCCACCACAUUGAGUAGCCACUCCACCCUUGACACCAGCCAGACCAGCGCCACGGGUGGGCAUUCAAGCACCGGCCACACUAGUGCCGUCAAGACGACCCCCAGCUCUGUCGCCACCUCCACCCUGACCACCAGCAGCAGCUCCUCCCAGCCAAGCGACAUCAGCACCAUGAGUGCAACCACAGGCCACGCCAGCGCAGUGACCAGCCACGCUGCUUUCCCCACGAACACCACCACCGCCACCACCACCAGCAGCAUUUCUACAGCUAGAACACAGCCUCCUAGCACCGGCCCCACCACUCCCAGCCAUGCCAGCAGCCAGCCACUGACAGCAGCCUCCAGCCGGGCCACCACAUUGAGUAGCCACUCCACCCUUGACACCAGCCAGACCAGCGCCACGGGUGGGCAUUCAAGCACCGGCCACACUAGUGCCGUCAAGACGACCCCCAGCUCCGUCGCCGCCUCCACCCUGACCACCAGCAGCAGCUCCUCCCAGCCAAGCAACAUCAGCACCAUGAGUGCAACCACAGGCCACGCCAGCACAGUGACCAGCCACGCUGCUUUCCCCACCACCGUGAGCAGCCUCACCAGCCUUAAUACCCACCAGGCUACCACCACCCACAGGAGUCCAAGCACCGGCCACACCAGUGCUCACCAAACCGCCAGCAGCCAGGUCACCCGUGGCACCACACCCUCCAUCUCCAGCCAUGCCACAUCUACGGGGGCUGUUGGUCACACCAGCCGAGCCACCACGGCUGGCGACAGUAGACUCACCACCACCACCACCACGGCAAUCUCUCUUGGCCCAAACACCACCAGUUCUGCCUCUUUGACCAGUCAGGCUGGCCACGGUACAAGCAGUGCCACGACCAGUCUUGCCAACUAUACAACCACCCCCAGCACUCCUGCCACGGGACCCAACACAGAGCCUGCGAGCAAACCAGCUAACUCCUCUGCCAUUCCUAGUGGCCCUAGCCACGUGGGCACUACCUCAGGCACCACCGCCCAGGCCAAACCGACCACAGCUGGUCCCACCUCCCCGCUCGCCUCCAGUCAGAAGGCCACCACCCUCACCACGCCAGGCCACAGUGAGCCCCCCCACUCCAGUACCACUAGUUCCACUCACGGCGGACCCACCAGUCCUUAUGCCACUAGUACCACAGGCCACGGCCAGCCGUUCUCCACUAGUUCCCCGCCGCCCAACUACAGCAGCUCUCAUCCAGCCACUAUUAGCCAUGCCAUUCCCACCACCAGCCCAACAGCCACUGUGGGCCACGUCAAUGCCACGUCCACCAGCCGAGGCACCCCAGCUGCCACAAGACCGGUAUCUACAGCCCCAGCCAGCACCCACAGCAGUCCCACCACCUCUGGCCUGACGAAUACCAACAGCAGCCACGCCAGUGUCACCACCACUACUGCGAGCCACGCCGACACAACUCACUCCACCCCCCACGCGGUGCCAGGCACGACCCCGCCUGCGACUAACCACACAGCCGGCGCUUCUAGCCCCACUACCGUCACCAAGAUAACCAGCCCGGGAACCACCACCACCGGCCUCGUGGUUACAACAACCCCCGGAGCAGAGCCUCGGACCACCACGACAAAGCUCCCUCCCACGCCAGAGGCCUCUACAAGAAGCACCAUCACGAGCACGGCCCCCGUGGCGCCUCCUGAGCAAGAGAUCUGCACCAUUUCCGGAGACCCCCACUACACCACCUACGAUGGCCGUCUCUUCCACUUCAUGGGCACCUGCACCUACCUGCUGUCCGCCGUCUGCAAUGCCACGUCUGGCCUGCCCCUCUUCCAGGUCCAGGCGACCAACGAACACCGAGGAGCAAACACCCAGGUCUCCUACGUCAAGUCCGUCCGGGUGGAAGUCUACGGCAUCCAGAUCGUCCUGCUGAAGGGGCGCAGAGUCACCGUGGACGGGCAGCGGGUGACGCUUCCUGUUUCCGUGGCCGAGGGGAAAGUGUCGGUGCGUCUGAGCGGAACAUUCGCUUUGGUCCAGACAGAUUUUGGCCUCUGGGUACGAUUUGACGGGAAUCACCACGUUGAGGUCUCUGCCCCGUCGUCUUACAUCGGGCAGCUCUGUGGUCUCUGUGGGAACUACAACGGGCAGGGAGCUGAUGACAACCUGAUGCCAGACGGCACCUCGGCCGGGACGGAUGCAGACAGACUGGGCGAGAGCUGGCAGGUCCCGAAUGCCGAAGACUCCCCUGGCUGCACCAACACGGGCAACCCGGGAGAAUGCGACCAGGAUAUCAAGACCGAAGCUGAGAAACCUGCCAGCUGUGGGAUCCUCACAGACCCCAAUGGUCCGUUUGCCCCGUGCCACAGCAAGGUGCCUCCCGACGGGGCCUUCGAGAACUGCGUGUACGACCUGUGCGGCACCGGAGGAGACGCGAGCAUCCUUUGCUUCGCUCUGCAGUCCUACGCCGACCGCUGCGCCCAGGCCGGGGUGCCCAUUGCCUGGAGGAACAGCAGCUUCUGCCCUCUGAACUGUCCCACGGGCAGCUCCUACACCCCUUGUGGUCCAGCCUGCCCCGCGACCUGUACCGGCUCCUCGACCAGCUGCCCCAACAUGCCCUGCGUGGAGGGCUGUGUCUGUGAUGAAGGCAUGGUUCUUAGCGGAGACCACUGCGUGCCCCUCGCUCAGUGCGGCUGCACCGACCCGCAGGGGCAAUACCAUCCGGUGGGCGAGAACUGGAUGGGAAACGAGGACUGCAGCCGGCGCUGCACAUGUGGACCUCUCAACAACAUUACCUGUGAAGAGUGGAGCUGCAGUCCCGUCCAGGAGUGCCGGCGCGUGGAUGGGCUUCUGGGGUGCCAGGACAUGGGCGUGGCUGCUUGCCACGUGGCCGGAGACCCCCACUAUUACACCUUUGAUGGCACCAUGGUCUCGUUCAUGGGCACCUGCACCUACACGCUGGUGACCGUGUGCGAUGAUGACCCUCACCUUCCGUCCUUCAACAUAACGGGCAAAAACGAGGAACGUGGUCAGCCGGACGAGUCCUACCUCCGCCAAGUGACCGUGGAGGUGGCUGGACACACCAUCACUCUGCAGAAAGCUCGGCGGGUGCUGAUCGACGGGCUGCGCGUGAGAACCCCUGUAGAGGGUCGGGUUCCCGGUGUCUCCAUCACCACCAGCGGCAUCUACGUUUUCCUUGAGACAGAUUUUGGUCUGGUGGUGAAGUUUGACGGAAACCAUCACUUGGAGAUUCAGCUCCCCGGAACCUAUUUUGAAAAGGUCUGCGGCAUGUGUGGGAAUUUUAACAACGAGAGCCUGGAUGAUCUUCUGAUGCCCAAUGGACAUCUGGCCACCAACGCCAGCCAAUUUGGGAACAGCUGGAAAGCCCCUGGUGAUCAGGAUCCUGGCUGCCAGCCAGAUGACCGUGAGGACCUCGAGCCCCACUGCUCCUCCGAGGAGAAGGACCGCCUCCACGCCCUCUGCCGUGAGAUCCUGCAGCCCAAGUACCAGGCGUGCCAUAACAUCAUCAAUCCACAACUUUUCAUCCAGAACUGCCUCUAUGACAUGUGUGAAUACCAGGGCAUGGCCUCGGUGCUCUGUGACAACAUUCAGUCCUACGUGGAAGCCUGCAAAAGCCAAGGCGUGACGGGCAUCUCGUGGAGGAACAGCACCUUCUGUCCUCUUCCCUGCCCGUCCCACAGCCGCUACACAGAAUGCGCCUCUCCCUGCCCGGCCACCUGCUCCAACCUCUACGCCCCGGCCAGCUGCCAGCGCUCCACAACCUGCGUGGAGGGCUGCACCUGUGAGCCCGGCUACGUGCUAAGUGACAACAACUGUGUCGCCAUGAGGGACUGCGGGUGCGUGGACUCUCAACAGGAUUACUAUAGCCCCGGAGACACCUGGGUGACCUCUAACUGCCGUGAACGCUGCACCUGCGCGGGAAACGGAACUAUCACCUGCCAGGACUUCCAGUGUCUCUCGGGAUCCUUCUGCACUCUCAGUUCUGCGGGGCUUCGCUACUGUCGGCCAACCCAAUUCCACCAGUGUGUCAUUUCUGGAGACCCGCACUAUCGCACUUUUGACCACUUCGUCCACCACUUCCAAGGCCGGUCCACCUACACGUUGACCCAGACGCUGGGAAGCCUGCCGGAGGCUCUCGUCCCCCUCUCGGUGGCAGGCAGGAACCGCCGCCGCCUCCCCUUCCAGCGUUUCUCCUUCCUACGCGAAGUCUACGUCUCUGUGUACGGCUACCAAAUCACCUUGAUGCAGGGGCGCCAUAUGGCGGUGAACGGCCUGAGGAUCACGCCCCCAUACCACGCUCCGGACGACAGGCUCCAGAUCACACAGAGAGGCCGGAAACUCAUUGUGCAAACGGAUUUUGGGUUCUCGGUUUCCUUCGACGGCCAAGAUCUUGCUGAGAUCGUCCUCCCCACCACCUACCAGGAUCACGUCGGCGGGCUCUGCGGGAAUUACGACGGACGUCGGAGCAACGAGUACAUGAAGCCAGAUGGAACCUGGACCCGGAGCCUCAAUACCUUCGGGAACAGCUGGCAGGUCUCGGUCCAAAGAGAGGUGGCGGCCAGCGGGCACGUCCGUGCCAGGCGCGAGGAGGAGCCCACGGAGGAAGCUGAGUCGGGAUUCGAAGUCGACUGCAGCCCCGAGCAACUGAUGCUUGUCAACGGGACAGACAACUGUGGGGCCCUCUCUGACCCCCAGGGACCCUUUGCCGCCUGCCACAGCAUCAUCUCCCCUGACACCUUCCAGGAGAGCUGCGUCUACGACCUGUGUGCUUUGUUCAACGACUCAGAACUCCUGUGCCAGGACUACAACGCCUACGCCCAGCUCUGCCAGGAGGAGGGCGUCACGCUGGGGCCCUGGAGACAAGCGACAGGCUGCGAGAUAUCCUGCCCAGUGCACAGCACGUACCAGUCUUGCAUGAGCGCCUGUCCUGCCAGUUGUGCCAACAUGGCCGCCCCUUCGGACUGUCAGGCCCCCUGCGUGGAGGGCUGCGCCAGCGACCCCGGCUACCUGCUCAGUGGGCUGGAGGUCGUGCCCUACAACCAGUGCGGCUGCACCAGCAACGACCAGUACUACCAGAUCAACGACACCUUCCUGACGGACAACUGUUCCCAGCGUUGCACCUGUCGCAACACGGGGACCCUGGAGUGCGAGGCGGCCGGCUGCCCUGAAGGCCAGAUCUGCACCGUGGCCAAUUACACCCGGGGCUGCUUCCGAGCGAGUCCCUGCCUCAGCAGCCCUUGCCAGAACGAGGGGACCUGCGUGGAGUCGGACGGCCCAGAGGGUUUCACCUGCAGCUGUCUCGAGAGCUACACGGGACCCUUGUGCGAGGAGGCACCACUGGAUGUGUCCCCCACAAACGCCCCCAACACCACCCUGGUACCUAUAGCACCAGAAAAAGAAGACAACCAUUUAGUAGCCAUCCUGACUGGCAUCUUCGUUCCUCUCGGAGUUAUUUUAAUUGUCGUGAUGACCGUGUGCUUCUGCCGAAGGCGCAGGAAUAGGAUGAAGAAAGAGGAAGACCGCCUUGAUGUCUUAUCUUCUGCAGUCCAACCCAGUACUUCAGAUGCAGUCCGGGACAAGAUCACUCCGUUCUGAGUUUCCAUGUUGUGAAGAAACUAAGGACUCUGGAAAUAUGAAAUCUGGAAUGCAGCUGAUGAACUCUCCUGUGCUUUGAAGGAUAAAUCAAAGAAUCACAUCACUCACCUCCCUCCUGGACCUUCAAAGGUGAAGACAAUUAGGAACAGAUGCUUCCAUGCCUAACUUUUAUCAAAAGGGACUCCAGUGUAAAUUACUGCUCUGGGGAAAGUCAAGUCCUGUCUUUCUCAGAGACUUAUACAGAUUACAGCAGUAGGUCAGAGAAGCUGUCUUUCCUCAAAUUCUUGUGUCAGGAUGGUUUUUUUAAUCAAAGCGGAUUAAGAGCUAUUAAGAAAUGGCCCAUCCACUGGUAUAAAGGGGACUUGGAAAAAGUGGUGUCUUUGUUUCACUCUUGGUCCCUCAGGGAAGACGUUUCCGGGCAAGGCUUCCCCCUCACAUAGGGACUACCUUCCUGGCUCACAAGGAGAAUUUUGCAAUUCUGUGAAGGUGGACCAUGAUUUAGCAUCAUGGAGGAAAGCUCAGCUCCACCCAUCUCUCUGCUUAGCUAGAUUAAGAUAACGGUAGCUUUAGUUUUACUUAUAUUCUGGUGCUUCUGUUCGGUAUCCUGUAAUUCUGUACCCACAAAUGUUUUGAAU